CUCUCUCUCUCGCUCGCUCGCUCGCUCUCCCACCAGCCCGUAGUCGCUGACAGCUCCUGGAGGACGUGCAGGCAGGAUGAUAGCGGCUCAGCUCCUGGCCUACUACUUCACCGAGUUGAAGGAUGAUCAACUCAAAAAGAUCGAUAAGUACCUGUACUCCAUGCGUUUCUCGGACGAGACGCUGAAGGACAUCAUGAACCGGUUCCGCCGGGAGAUGGAGGGCGGGCUCGGCCGGGACACGAACGCCACCUCCACCGUCAAGAUGCUGCCCACCUUCGUCAGGUCCAUCCCUGAUGGCUCAGAGAAGGGAGACUUCGUAGCAUUGGAUCUUGGGGGGUCUAAUUUUCGGAUCCUGCGCGUUAAAGUGACGCGGGACAAGAAGCAGCCGGUUCAGAUGGAGAGCCAGGUGUACGACACCCCUGAUGACAUCAUCCACGGGAAUGGAACUCAGCUCUUUGGCCAUGUCGCAGAUUGCCUGGGUGAUUUCAUGGAGAAGCAAAAGAUCAAGGAUAAAAAGAUUCCUGUGGGAUUUACGUUCUCCUUCCCCUGCGCCCAAUCCAAACUGGAUGAGGCAGUGUUACUUACAUGGACAAAGAAGUUCAAAGCAAGUGGAGUUGAAGGUAUGGACGUUGUGAAGCUUCUGAACAAGGCCAUUAAGAAACGAGGGGACUAUGAGGCCGACAUCAUGGCCGUGGUCAAUGACACUGUUGGCACUAUGAUGACCUGCGGAUUUGACGACCAGCGUUGUGAAGUGGGAAUAAUUAUAGGAACGGGAACAAACGCCUGCUACAUGGAGGAGUUGCGUCACAUUGACCUGGUGGAGGGGGACGAAGGCCGGAUGUGCAUCAACACCGAGUGGGGCGCCUUCGGGGACGAUGGGUCCCUGGAGGACAUCCGCACAGAGUUUGACCGUGAGAUCGACAGGGGCUCUGCCAACCCAGGAAAGCAGCUGUUUGAGAAGAUGGUCAGUGGGAUGUACAUGGGAGAGCUGGUCCGACUCAUCCUGGUCAAGAUGGCCAAAGAGGGGCUGUUGUUUGAGGGACGGAUAACACCCGAGCUCCUGACAAAAGGAAAAAUCGAGACGAAACAUGUCUCCGCCAUCGAAAAGACUAAAGAAGGAUUGAAGAAGUGCAUGGAGAUCCUGACCAGGCUUGGGGUGGAGCCUUCGGAUGAAGACUGUCUGGCCGUGCAGCACGUGUGCACCAUUGUUUCGUUCCGCUCGGCAAAUCUAAUCGCUUCAACGCUGGGGGGCAUCCUCGCUCGCCUGAAGGAAAACAAAGGAGUCGCUCGCCUCCGCACCACCGUGGGCAUCGACGGGUCUAUGUACAAGAUGCACCCUCAAUACGCUCGCCGUCUGCACAAGACGGUGCGCCGCUUGGUGCCGGACUCGGAUGUGCGCUUCCUGCUGUCAGAGAGUGGGAGUGCGAAAGGCGCAGCCAUGGUGACAGCAGUGGCGUACCGUUUGACAGAGCAGUCGCGCCAGAUUCAGCAGACUCUGGCAGAAUUCCGGCUGAGCAAAGCUCAGCUGCUGGAAGUGAAGAAGCGCAUGAGGGCGGAGAUUGAACGAGGCCUCAAGAAGGAGACCCACAAGGAAGCCGCGGUCAAAAUGCUGCCUACCUUUGUCCGGAGUACACCAGAUGGAACAGAGAACGGAGAUUUCCUUGCUCUGGACCUCGGAGGGACAAACUUCCGUGUGCUUUUGGUAAAGAUUCGCAGUGGGAAGAGGCGAACGGUGGAGAUGCACAACAAAAUCUACGCCAUACCCUUAGAAGUCAUGCAGGGCACCGGAGAUGAGCUCUUCGACCACAUUGUUCACUGCAUCUCUGACUUCCUGGACUACAUGGGAAUGAAAAGUGCUCGACUGCCGCUGGGUUUCACCUUCUCCUUCCCCUGCCACCAGACCAGCUUGGACGCAGGUAUUCUCGUAACCUGGACCAAAGGCUUCAAGGCCACGGACUGUGAGGGCGAAAACGUGGUGGAGCUUCUUCGGGAAGCGAUCAAGAGGAAAGAGGAGUUUGAGCUGGACGUGGUUGCCAUAGUGAACGACACAGUGGGGACGAUGAUGACUUGUGCAUAUGAGGAACCCACUUGUGAGGUGGGACUGAUCGCAGGCACGGGCAGUAACGCCUGCUACAUGGAGGAGAUGAAGAACAUUGAGAUAGUGGAGGGAAACGAGGGCCGCAUGUGCGUCAACAUGGAGUGGGGGGCGUUCGGAGACAACGGCUGCCUGGAUGACAUCAGGACGCAGUACGACCAGGCGGUGGACGAGAACUCGCUCAACGAAGGCAAACAAAGGUAUGAGAAGAUGUGCAGUGGCAUGUACCUGGGAGAGAUCGUCAGGCAGAUUUUGAUCGAUCUGACCAAGCGUGGCUUCCUCUUCCGCGGACAGAUCUCCGAGACGCUGAAGACCAGGGGCAUCUUCGAGACCAAGUUCCUGUCGCAGAUUGAGAGCGAUCGUCUGGCGCUGCUGCAGGUCAGGGCGAUCCUGCAGCAGCUGGGGCUCGACAGCACCUGUGAUGACAGUAUUAUCGUCAAGGAGGUGUGCGGCACGGUGUCCCGCCGCGCGGCUCAGAUCUGUGGAGCCGGCAUGGCGGCGGUGGUGGACAAGAUCCGUGAGAACCGGGGACUGGACCACCUGGACGUCACCGUGGGCGUGGACGGCACGCUCUACAAGCUGCACCCACACUUCUCGCGGAUCUUCCUGCAGACGGUGAAGGAACUCGCCCCCAAAUGUGACGUCAACUUCCUGUUAUCUGAGGACGGCAGCGGGAAGGGGGCCGCCCUCAUCACUGCCGUGGGCUUCCGCCAGAGAGAGCUGGACGCACAGCAGCACUGAGGAGCUCCGCCCCUUUUGUCUUCUAUUUACCUGCUGCUCCACCGUGACCUUCACCGCCGCACAGCCCAAACCCCCCCCCCCCCUUGGCAGCCGUGACUCCACCUCUGCCCCCACCUGGCCCCACCCACCACAGCCAGAGACACAUGCUGCAUGCAUAGGGAAUUAAAACUGAAUAUCUAAAUAUUUAUUUAAGCAGCACCGGAGGGUUUUAUCAUUUCCACGUUUGUACAUUUUCCUCGAUAGCUUGUCGAUUAUCUGAUAACUCUAAACUCCUUUAGGCGUGCAAUAUUUGUGUAUUUGCUAAUUUUAUUUUUAUAUGGAGGCAAAUAUAUCAUUGUAUUUAUAUAGCUGAGGCCACUUUGAAUCCCAGAGGUCAUUAGGAUUUUGCUCCAAAUGGACGCAAGAAAAUGUCUGCACUUUUUAUACAAGCGUAACAACAGCAGCAUUUCGACGUACCUUGCGAACGAAGGGCCGUCCGUCUCCCUGAGAGGUGAAAAACAUUUUUACAAGCUCCGCUGGAUCAGAAAGCCAGUUCCAAAAGGGCUCGCUGCAACGGGUCGAACGCAAAGAGUCACGGCUGUUAAAAUCAUCCUCAUUUUACGUUCAGCGGGAACGC